UUACCCCGCUUGAUCUAUCGACCAUGUCAUUCAACAACAGCUACGGCGACCAAUUCCAGGGCCAGCCCCAGGGCGAUAUGAACAACCAAACCCCGCAGCCCGGCGACAUGGGUCAGCCCAUGGACGCCUCCGGCAACGGCUUCCCUCCCCAGGGCAACAUGGGCCCGCCAGGCAGCGCUGGUGGCGACGGCCAAGGCCAAGGUGCUGGCAAGACGACUCUCUGGUGAGUCCGCAUACGCGCCUGUGUGGCGCAUGGUGUAUACCAGACCGCAAUGCGCGCGCUCCGAUAGCUUUCUUCUAGGUGGGGGAACACCAAUGCUAAUAUGGCGCAGGAUGGGUGAACUCGAGCCCUGGAUCGACGAGAACUUUGUGCGCAGCAUCUGGUACAACAUGGGCGAGACCGUCAACGUCAAGAUGAUCCGUGACAAGUUCUCCGGCAAUGCUGGAUAUUGCUUCGUCGACUUCGCGAGCCCUGAUGCCGCGUCCAAGGCCCUUUCCCUCAACGGCCAACUCAUCCCCAACUCCAACCGCCCUUUCAAGCUGAACUGGGCCUCUGGUGGUGGUCUUGCUGACAGGAGCCGCGAUGAGCGUGGUCCCGAGUUCAGCAUAUUCGUCGGAGACUUGGGCCCCGAGGUCACCGAGUUCGUCCUCGUCCAGCUCUUCCAGAACAAGUACCAGUCCACCAAGUCUGCUAAGAUCAUGUCCGACCCCAUCAGUGGUAUGUCGCGCGGCUACGGUUUCGUCCGGUUCGCUAGCGAGGAGGACCAGCAAAAGGCCCUCACCGAGAUGCAGGGCGUUUACUGCGGCAACCGUCCCAUGCGCAUCUCUACCGCCACACCCAAGAACAAGAGCGGCGGUCCCGGAGGUCCUGGCGGCAUGGGCAUGCCACAAGGCGGCGGCGGCCCCGGAAUGGGCAUGUACUCCAUGGGCGCUCCCCCAAUGGGCGGCUACUACGGUGCCCCCCAGCCGAUGAACCAGUUCACCGACCCCAACAACACCACUGUCUUCGUCGGCGGCCUUUCCGGCUACGUUACCGAAGACGAGCUCCGCUCCUUCUUCCAGGGCUUCGGCGAGAUUACUUACGUCAAGAUUCCUCCAGGCAAGGGAUGUGGCUUUGUCCAGUUCGUUCAGCGCCAUGCUGCUGAGAUGGCCAUCAACCAGAUGCAGGGCUACCCGAUUGGCAACUCUCGCGUUCGUCUCAGCUGGGGUCGCUCACAGAACAACUCCGGCCCAGCUGGCACCCCUUACCGCCCUGCGCCACCUCCACCAGUUCCCUUUGGCCCAGGCAUGGGUAUGCCUCCGCAACACCCCUACGGUGGUGGCGGCGGUUACGGUCCGAUGAUGAAGUAAGCGCAUUCUUUCCCUCUGUAUUGCUUGCACGGCGCUUCAUUCGUGGUUCAUCCCGUUGGCUUACUGCAAUGACCCCUUUCAUGACUCGGCAUGAUGAAUUUCGAGCGAUUUGGUCUUUAGUUCUAUAACGGGCGGUUCUCCAAAAGUUCUCGACUUCUUCUCACGACACCGAUCUUGCGGAGGGCCAUAGAAGGGAGUCUUUGUAUAACAGGCC